CUGACGUACAGCAUGGCAAUGAACACAGCGCUCCAGCCCAGCAGGAGAAACAGAAGUGGAAGCUUUUUCAAGUUGAUUGAUGCCUUUGCGUCUGAACUGGGAGCGUUGGAACAGGAGAUGGCUCAGACUGUUCAGCCGAAGGACAGAGACUCAGACCUCACGCCUCUGCCAUGUAUGGAGGGAGAGGUGAGUGGGGUUUACCUGCAGUCUCCUGCGUCUAAUGGCCCGGCGGGUGGGGGAGAAAGGGAUUGUGGGUACGACUCUCUGCGCAGGCGUAUGAGUGUACUGGACAGACUAACACUGACACACCCUGUCUGGCUGCUGCUGUCAAUCAACGACCAGGAGGCCACACGCAUAUUACUGCAGCAACCACCUGGGGUGUUUAUGGUGAGGAGGUCGUCGACCCUGCAGGGGAAAGUUCUCUCGGUUCGCUUGGACGAAACCUCAGUGUCUCCCAUCCUGAACUUCCCAGUGAAAGAGGGUCUAUACACAUUUUCUUUAGAUGGCUCUGGCAUCAGCUUCGCAGAUCUCUUCCGUCUGGCGGCCUUCUACUGUAUCAGCAGGGAUGUGUUGCCCUUCACCCUGAAGCUUCCGGAAGCCAUUGCCUCAGCAAAGACCCAGACAGAGCUGGAAGACGUGGCUCAGCUAGGAGCAGGUUUUUGGGACUCUGCCCUUGCCUCUCAGAGGAGGUCACCUUUACCCCAGUCUCGUCCGCCGAUUCGAGACAAACCCCUCAGCCUACAGAGGAGGGAGCCUCCAGCGACCAGGCAGGGACAGGGUCGAAUCCUGACCCGCCAGGAGAGAGACCCCCCGCCAGCGUUCCCCUCUUGUUCUGCUCCUCCUCGCCCAGAGAGAGGCCAAACCAACAGGGCUCUCUGUUUUGUCAACCCCCUUUUCCAUCAGACCCAUCAGCGCGUCCAGGGAGCUACGCCCGAGCCGCACUCCAAAGGUGGAGUCGAGGGAACCGGCAGCCGGUCGCACGUGCCUCCUCCUAGGCCACCGCCGCCUCGUUCGCUACCACGUCGCCCGGCUGUACCUCAGGGACAGAGGAGCAUGCCUGUGACUGUCUCCUGGAGCAAACAACAGCAACAUCGGGAACAAAACAGACUGAUGGGUGCCAAAGUCAGCAGCACCAGAAAGCCUCCACCACCGAGGCCUAAAAAACAGCCAGACAUGGACAGUCAACGUUGCACCAUCGCUUUGGACGACGAGACCAUCGCCAGGGCGCUGUCUCGGGCCAACCUGCCCCACAAAACCCUACCCAGGCCCGAGCAGAACCCCAGGCCCUGGGGAGGAACCGGAGAUCCCGGGGAGAGACUGAGCGACAUGAGUCUAUCUACUUCCACCUCCUCCGACUCCCUGGACUCCCCUCACCCUCCGCCUCCUCCUCUCGGCCUGCCUCCCAGCCCGGUUCACGUCGAGGACAGCAGCGACGAGGAAGAAGAGGAAGAGGAGGAAGAUUACGGAGUCGGUUUGGAGAGUGACCUGCAGCUGCGUCUCAGGGCGUCCCGUCAUUCCAAGCGGUUCCCGCCGGGCGGGCCGGCCUCGCUGCUCAUCCUGCCGAGGGCACUCAAGGGAAAGUUCCAGAAGGUGAGCGGCGUCUUCAGCUCCUUGAUGACGCCCGAGAGACGCGCGGUGAGGCGGAUUUGCGAGUUGGCGAGAGACAAGGGGUCUUACUUCGGCUGUCUGGUACAGGACUACAUGAGUUUCGUGCAGGAAAACCACCAGAAUCACUCGUCGGGUUUCGACCUCCUGCAGACCCUCAGACAGUUCCUGACCCAAAUGAAGGCCUAUCUGCUACAGUGCUCUGAGCUCAACCCGCCUAUAGAGUCUCUCAUCCCCGAAUACCAGAUUGACCAGGUGCUGGAGAGAGCCAUGCAUAAAUGUGUGCUGAAACCGCUGAAGGGUGCAGUGGAUUCAGCGCUGCACGACUUCCAGGUGAGGAGUGGGGAGUGGCAGCAGUUAAAGGAGAACCUGGCCCUGGUGAAGGCUAAGAGGCCGGCGGAGCUGGGGGUGGAGGGGACGUCACCUCCUGACCCCAUGGCCAUCGAGAGGAUCCGACACAAAUUCCACAAGAUGAGGAAGAUGUACUCGCCUGAGAAAAAAGUGACGAUUCUCCUGCGUGUGUGCAAGCUCAUCUACACCAUCAUGCAGGAGCACUCAGGGAGGAUGUUUGGGGCAGAUGACUUCCUGCCCAUGUUGACUUACGUACUGGCUCAGUGUGACAUGCCUCACUUAGACUCAGAGAUCCUCUACAUGAUGGAACUGCUUGACCCCUCUCUCCUGCACGGGGAGGGUGGUUAUUACCUGACCAGUGCGUACGGUGCCAUGUCUCUGGUUAAGAACUUCCAAGAGGAGCAGGCGGCCCGCGUCCUCAGCUCCGAGGCAAGGAACACUCUUCACCAGUGGCACCAGCGCCGCACGGCCCAGCGGACCAUACCGACGGUGGACGACUUACAGAAUUACCUGCGUGUGGCCCUGCAGGAACCGGGCAGCGGCUGCACGGCUAAGACCAUGUUGGUUCGUCCCUACGCCACCACAGAGGAAGUGUGUCGACUCUGCGCCCUCAAGUUCCAGGUGCCCGACCCUGAGAACCACGCUCUGUUCCUGCUCACGGGAGAGACCAGCCAGCAGCUGGCGCUGGACACGCACCCCCAGAGGAUAAAAGCCGAGAUCCACAGCCGCCCCCACCCUCUGCCCUUCCACUUCGUCUACCGCCGAGUCCCCGACCCCAACGCCGGCUCUCCGACGCGCUGUCAGAACGGCCACUGUCCGCCGGACUGAAAAAAUGUGCUUCGUGGUGAUUUGGUCAUUCAGCCAAAGACUACGUUUCUCUCAUCAGACCACGGUUGUCAGCUGGACUCAGGCGAGCUCAGUACCUCUUUCUGUCUCUGUGAAGAUGUGGCGUGGAAUUUUCUGGGUGUUUUGUUCAAGAAGAACGUGAGAAAAUGCUCUAUUGUUGUUGUUGUUGUUGUUGGUUUUGGGGGGGGGGGGGGUUUGAGGUCAGCACGACCUUUUGAACUGCACUUUAUAGCCCCUCGAGAAGUGAACCAUGUCAAGAGACAGGGAAAGAGAAAGGUGGAAAGAAAGAGAAACAGUGAACGAGGAAAAAAAAGAGAGUGACAGAGGACAGAGAAUUUCUCAAAACAUCCUCCACACAUUGUAAACACUGCUUGAUGCGCCCCCUUGUGGACAGAUGAUUUGACACAUCUGUGGGAUCUUAACCUAAGCUGUUGUGUAGAGUGCUUCACAAUACCUGUAUAUUUCCAUGUACAGUCUCUGUUGUACAGUAAACAUUUUGGACAUUUUCCCCACAGGACCAGUAUAAAUUAUAUAUGUAUAUAUAUGAAUAUAUGUAUGCACUGGAGUUGAAUUUGUGCCGAAAUCUGUCUGAUGAUGAUGGAGUCUCCAAUGAAAAUGACAUUCAUAUGAAUGAACUUGACUUGAAAUUAGUCAAAUAAAAUGCUGUUAUUACUGUAUGUAGUGAAACAUUUUGAUAUUUUUGUCCUAUUGCAGAUUAAUUGUUUAUUAAAAAAUGUA